AAUAUCAUACCAGAUAAACAUCACUUUUCACUCUUUAGAAUUAUCGAAACUUAUAGGGCAAAAAUCCGAUCCCACUAUUGAGCUAUGAAUAAAUAAUAAUAUCCUAUUUGGAGAUUAGGUAAACACCCAUUUCAAGUCAUUAUGUACAAUAUAAAAAUAAAAAUACAAAGUACAAUACAAAAUAUAAAAAUAAACAGUAAACAACUUUAACUAGAAAUUUAAAGAAAAAUAUAUUGUACGAGUUUGAAACGAUAACCUAAUGGAAAAAGACCUUUGUUUACUUGCCGUUUACAAGAUUCAAGAUAAUAUCGAAAAGUGUUAUUGACGAUGGAGUCAGAGAGUGUUUGCGUUAAACUUGAGCCCUGUGAGGAUGAGUGUAUAUCAGAUAUGCCCACGUUCGAAGGAGUGUUUGUGAAAGCUGAGCCGUUGCUGGAAGAUGUGUGUGUAAAAGAAGAGUCGCUCGGCGAGAGCGCGGCGGAUGUGGCAGCGGAGCUGUACGCCGACCACGCCAUGAAAUAUGAUCUCGUACUCAGCCCCGAGCAGGAGCUGGAGCUGCCCGGCGUGUGCCACGCACCAACAGACUGGGCGCUCGGUGACGCAGACGGUUGCCCGCAGACUAGGGGCCUCGGCGGAAGACAGCUCGCUCGGGCCUGCUCCGUGCGGGUCGAGCCCUGCGACGGCCCCAAAUCACACCACGUACCCAAGACCAAGAAUACUCCAAUGGUCGCUAAACCCGCUUCACCGCUACAGAAACACAGACAGUAUCAAUGCAAAAUAUGUAAAAAGCAAUUUCGUGAGUUGAGAAUGGUACAUAGACAUAUACUAAAACACACUGGGGAAAAACCAUUUGAAUGCGAAUUGUGUCAGAAAAAGUUUUCACGAUUAGAUAACUUAAACGUACAUAAACGAAUUCACACCGGUGAAAAACCAUAUCAAUGCGAACUAUGUGACAAACAAUUCAGAGAUUUGAGAACUGUGAAAAGACAUAAGCUAAAACCACAUAAACUAAUGCACACUGGUGAAAGACCAUAUGAAUGCGAAUUGUGUCAAAAAAAGUUUGCACGAAUAGAUAUUUUAAAUGUACAUAAACGAAUUCACACCGGCGAAAAACCAUAUCAAUGCGAAGUACGUAACAAACAAUUCAGAGAUUUGAGUAAUAUAAAGAGACAUAAGCUAAUACAUACUGGUGAGAAACCAUAACAAUGUGAAUUAUGUAAAACUCAAUUCCGAGAAUUGAGUACUUUAAAUAAUCAUAAACUAAUACACUGGUGAAAAACCACAUAAAUGUAAUUUAUGUAAGAAAACAUUUAGACAAUUAGGUCAAUUAAGCACACAUAAACGAGUCCUCACCGGUGAUAACCAUAUCAGUGAGAAAUAUAUAAAAAGCGAUUCAGAUUCGUGAGUACAACAAAUAAACGUAAAUGAGUCCACACCGGCAAAAAAGCAUAAAAUAUGAAUUAUGUAAUAGUACAUUUCGACGCUAGUGCGGAAAGUAUGUCAUUACUAGAAUGAAAUUUCCGCACGUGUAUCGAACGACGUUUUUUAAUACAGUUGCGAAAAAAUAAGAAAAACAACAAGUACUUUUUUAUGCAUAUUCUAUAAGACAGGAACAAUUGUAAAUAUAAAAUAUUAUACUAUUAUUACCUAAGUAUCGUUAUUUACGAUUAUUUGUGUAUCGUAUAUUUAAAUUGUAUGAAAACAAUAUGCAACUCUGCUUUGACAGGCGUUUCGGCAGCUAUUCCGUUCCAUUCAGACAACUUAUUAAGAACGGUUUUUCAAUAUUCAAUAUUAAAAAAUAAACGUGUUAUAAUGAUGAAGAGGUAAGUAAUAAAAUAUGAAAUCUCUAUAUUUUUAUUAUACAUUAACAGUAGGUUUUUAUGUUCAUUACGACUUUUAAAGGAAACUAAUAUUAACCCUCAUCAAUAAGUAGUCAUGAAUUGGAACAAGUGGAAAAGUAAAAAGCACUAGUUCGCGAAAUCCAACUUUCGCACGCUAAACAGCUACGUAAAGUAGCAAUUGUUGAGCAACUGUAUUAAAAAAACUUUUUUGCUAUUGGGUAAUUAAGUUCACAUAUACGAAUUCACGCUAGUAAAAAAUAUACGCAUGCAAAACCUAAACAAAGUUUUUAUGUUUUCAAUUUGAUUAAUUAUAUGAAGAUUUUUUUUUAAUGCCUACCAUAUACAUGAUAUGCAUUAAAGAUGCAUGAAUUAAUAUAUCAUCCAGUGCCAGAGAUAUAGUCCAGUGUGUUCUCCUUUAGUUUAUUUUAUAUUUUUUUUCCUACUCCUCUACUGUUAUCUGUCAUUUAUGCAUUCAUUAACGCGAAUAUAAGAACAUACAUAAAAGGUUUCAAGAAAAGUCUAUAUUGUCUAUUUCUCAUAAAGGCUCUUGUGCUUUUAAUCGCUAUAACGUUACUGCGAUUAAUGGCUACCAACCUAACAAAACCAAAACGAAUACAGUUUUAAACUAAGUGCAUUGCUGCCAACUUACACAAUAUUCAUUUGGAGGCAUAGUAAAAAUAAUUACUUCAUAAGUCAGAAACACGCAUGUGACACCCGUAAUAUAGCAACACCCAUAGACUACGAAGACCGCUUAGCGAAGACCGC